GACAAUGUGACAAGUCACAUGCUCCCCGGAGGACACGCCCAUCGCUGGGCGAUACCACACACGGGAUAGGGGUGUUUCCUCUGGCGCUGCUACUCCUGAGAGCUGUCAGAGAGCGGCGCUCCACCCGUGCAGCGGAACCGACUCCGAGUCAUGGCCGGGAGGAGGGGGGAGCCAGUGCCCGAGGUAGAAAUCAGAGAAGACGAGGAGCAGAAUGUGAAACUGGCCGAGAUCCUGGAGCUACUGGUGGCUGCCGGUUAUUUCAGGGCCAGAAUUAAAGGCCUCUCUCCCUUUGACAAGGUGGUUGGUGGUAUGACCUGGUGUAUCACUACGUGUAACUUUGACAUCGAUGUGGAUUUGCUUUUCCAGGAGAACUCUACAAUCGGACAAAAGAUAGCAUUAACUGAGAAAAUCGUUUCUGUUUUACCGAAGAUGAAAUGCCCUCACCGCCUGGAGCCACAUCAGAUCCAAGGCAUGGAUUUUAUCCACAUCUUCCCAGUAAUCCAGUGGCUGGUGAAACGCGCCAUCGAGACCAGGCAAGAAAUGGGAGAUUACAUCCGCUCAUACUCUGUGUCUCAGUUUCAGCGAGAGCACAGCCUCCCGGAGGAUGAUGAGUUUGUGAGUCGGAGGGAGAAGGCUGUAAGAACUAUUACAGAGACCUUUGAAAUCUACAAGCCGCGCAGGAAGUACAAGAGGCAGGGAGAUGCAGCAGCACUUACAGACGAGGAGUCACGUGUCCACUCCACACUCCUGGAGUAUGGCAGGAGAUAUGGGGUCAGCAAGCCAGGAAAGACUGACAAGCCGGAUGACCACAAAAAAGCUGUCCCAUCUGGACUAGUGGGGAAAGGAGACGCGAGGGAGGAGGAGGAGCUGCAUGCGCAGGAAGAACUCCGUAUAAAGGCUCUGAUGACUGGAAUGGCUGCCAUGGACCUAGAACAGGGGCGCUUGACGGCGAGCACGGUGGGGCAGAUCGUGGGGUUACAGUCAGACGAGAUAAAACAGGUGGUGUCUGAGUACGCUGAGAAGCAAUCUGAGUUUACAUCAGAGGAGCGUCCAGAGAACCUGGGAGCCGCUCAGCAACAGCGCAGGAAAGUGGCUACCGUCACUAAGCAAAUCGCCCAGAAGAGUAAAAUCCUGGAGCAGCUGAAGGAGAAAUCCUGCGAUCUUCAGGCUGAAUGUGAUGCAGCAAAGAAGAAACUUUCAGAGGUUACAAGUUACAGCGAGAAGCUGGAUGAGGAACUCACCGUUCUGGAGACGGUGGAAGCCAAAGCUGACCCUGCCAUCUUGCAGAAGCUCCGAUCCAUGGUGGCGAUGAAUGAAAGCCUGAAGACUCAGGAGCAGCAAUUCCGGGCUCACUGCCGGGAGGAAAUGGCCCGUCUGACGCAGAACAUCGAGAAUCUAAAGACUGAAUCAGCAGAGAACGGAGAAGAAAAGGAGCGAUCUCUGCUAUUUGAACAGCAACACAAAGCGGAGCGAGAGAAGCUGCAGAAGAUCCGACUCCUCCUGGCGCGGAGGAACAGGGAAAUCGCUAUUUUGCAGCGUAAAAUUGAUGAGGUUCCGAGUCGUGCGGAGCUGACGCAGUAUCAGAAGCGAUUCAUUGAGCUGUACGGACAGGUCUCGGCCACCCACAAGGAGACCAAACAGUUCUUUACCCUGUACAACACCUUGGAUGAUAAGAAGGUUUAUCUGGAGAAGGAGGUGAAUCUGCUGAAUUCCGUUCAUGACAACUUCCAGCAGGCGAUGGCAUCAUCCAGCACCCGGGAACAGUUCCUCCGGCAGAUGGAACAGAUUGUGGACGGCAUCAGACAGAACAGGAAUAGGAUGGAGAAGAAGAAACAGGAAAAUAAGAUGAGACGCGAUCAGCUGAAUGAUGAAUAUCUGGAGAUGUUGGAGAAGCAGAGGUUGUACUUCAAGACGGUGAAGGAGUUUAAGGAGGAAUGCCGCAAAAAUGAAGUCCUGCUGAGUAAACUGAAGGACCGCGCGCAGUGAUGGGACGCCCAGGCAGCGGUCUGGAGGACAGAUUGUCACCUGCAGAGAAGAGGUCAUUGUGUAGGACUUGGAGAACGAUGUAAAUGUAUUCCCGGGUGAAUAAGAACAUUGGCUGGUUCCUGCGGCACAUUCCCCCGUUGCCAGUGACUGUUAGUUAUUGGCCCAGCCCAUGUAUAUAACAUUGUCUCAUGUAAUCAGAGCCUUAUAGAGACCAAUAAUGUGCCUGACUGGAUGGUGACAAUGGAAUUGGCACAACACAAACCCCCACCAUUAAACUUGCGCCCUUUUUGUUA